CACGAAGGACGACGCGAUCUACUUACUACCAUGACCACGCCACGCGCCACCAGCCUCAGCCAGUCGACAGACUACCUGGACGACGUUCCUGCGAUCAUCGAGUACAUCUGGUGCGGCGAAAGCGUGGGGUUGCAGCUGGCGCGCCCGACCCCGAGCGACGUCAAGACGGUCCAGCACACGUGGAGCAACGGCGACGACGCCGACAUUACGCUGGCCACAGAGUUCUACUCGAAAAAGGUGGUCGCGCGCCGAGUGUCGAAGCGCAUCACGUCCGGCGUCCGCGCCAAGUUUGUGUUGCAGUCGAUCAACGGGGUUGAUGUGAAAAUGGACAACUUCAACGAAAUGAUGGUGGUGCUCAAGACCGGGCACGCCGCCGGCAUCCCGCAAGUGCUGGCAUUCCACCCGAACCCGCCGCCGGUGAUGGUCAAGAACGUGCCCGAGGACGGAGCGCUGGACCGCGCCGGCGUGACCACCGAGUACGAGCUCAUGACAAUCAACCACAUCAACGUAGGGUAUCUCACCAUCGACCAAAUCGGCCGCAUGCUGCACGACAGCGCCAAGCCCUGCCAUUUGACGUUUGGGUGGACUGCCCUCCACGACGACGACAUCCACGUCCACCUGGCGGGGCUUUCAGUAACAGACGUUGUCACAGUGUAG